CAAAAGGCGUGCCAUAUCUAUUCACAGCCCGGCGCAAUGUAAACAAACGCGAACAAAGUGAGCCACGAAUUUGCGCCUUUUAAAUGGCAAUUAUAUUUGCGGCCUGAAGUACACAGUCAACUCCAACAUGGCGGCCAGUGGCAUGGCAAGGAUGAGGUAUUUUGAGAACAAAAUGCCGGACUGUGGCUACGAUCAGGAGGUCCAAAUUCCAGUCGACCAGAUCCGUGCUCGAAUCGUAGCGGUAAUCGAGGCUCUUCGGCAGAACGUGGUGGCGAACCAGCAGGCCUGCGAGGGUGGCGUGUAUGUUGGAAUCGCUGGAAUCGCCUAUGCGCUGCUGUACGUGGCUCAAUCAAAACAGAUCCCAGAGAAAGAGAGUGAAUAUUUAGAACUCGCUGAGCAGUAUAUAGCUCAAGCAUUGGACUAUGAAGAGAAAAAACGAUCGCCAGAAACUCGAUCAGCAUUUCUUCUCGGAUCAGCAGGAGUUUAUGCAGUGGCAUCUCUCUUGUACAGAGCGCUGGGAAAGGAAGAAAAGGUGCAAGAAUACAUCGGGAAAUAUGCAGGUCUAGCAGGGAUAUGUUGUCAGCCCGGUGAUUAUCUUGGCUGUGGAUCAGACGAAGUACUGGUAGGAAGAGCGGGGUAUUUAUGUGGAGCGGAAAUGCUCACCAAGAAACUCGGUCAACAGGUUCUGAGUGAUGAAGUGACUUUCAUGAUCUGUCGAGCCAUAGUAGAUUCUGGUCGGAACUAUUCACAAAGGCAUAAAUCACAAUCACCGCUAAUGUAUGCAUACUACCAGACAGAAUAUUUAGGUGCUGCACAUGGCCUUUCUGGAAUCGUCCAGAUGCUGCUCAACUAUCCAACCUUCGUCAAGUCCGACCCGUCUAUCGAGGCCGACGUCAGGAACACAGUGGAUUAUCUAAUCUCCUGUAGAUCACCGGAUUACAACAUCCCACCCACUGUAGCCGAGUGUGUCCAGCAACGUCCUCCCGAGCAUCAACUCGUACAUUGGUGUCAUGGUGCACCGGGUAUUAUCUAUCUGUUUGCCAAGGCUUUCCUCCUCUGGAAGGACCCCAUGCACCUCAUCGCGAGCAGAAAAUGCGCCGACCUGACCUGGCAGAAGGGGCUCCUCAGGAAAGGCCCCGGUAUCUGCCACGGCAUCACCGGCAACGGCUACGUCUUCCUACUCACCUACCGCCUGACCGGGGAUUGCAAGUUCAUCCACAGAGCCCUGCAGUUCUCUGAGUUCAUGCAGACGGAGGAGUUUGUGAAGGGGGCGAGGUGUCCGGACGCUCCGUUAAGUUUGUUCGAGGGCUGGGCUGGUGCAGUUUGCUUUCUCACUGAUCUUCUUCAGCCACACAAUGCAGAAUUUCCCUUCUUUGAUGUGUUCUAAUGAUCUCUAAUUACCAUGGAAAGUCAGUAUACGGAGGUCCUUGACCUGUUGGAGAUUGGGUGUAUAUGAAAAAUAUGCAUUAUUGCAUUAUUUGCCGGUCUCCAAUGGGUUAAUUAUCCUGAAUGACAAGUCCGCCUCAACAACUUGAUUUGAAUGAAUAAUGUCAAAUCGAACAAGCAUAGCAUGAUUUA